AUGUCGACUCUAACAAUCCACGAUGGGAACUCUGCUAGAUAUGAUCGACAAGUAAGGCUAGGUCAUGCAUAACAUUUUCUCCUUCUUUAGAUAAGAUUAUGGGGAGAUCACGGCCAGCACAAUCUUGGAAAAUCUGACGUGGCCGUAAUUGGAUCAGGAGCUAUGAGUACUGAAACAAUGAAGUGUUUAGUGUUGGCUGGCAUUCGAUCUUUUACUGUUUUCGACAAUGAAUUUGUAAAGGAGGUGGAUCUAGGAAACAAUUUUUUUCUUGAAGAAGGAGAUCUGGGUCGGCCUAGAGCAGAAGUUGUAUCCCGAUAUCUUAAGGCAAGUGUUUGUUUUAUUAUUUUUAUUGUUUAGGAGCUAAAUCCAGCCGUUCGAGGAGACUACCAACAAAUUCACUUUGACGAAAACACAAAAUUUGACGUUUUGGAGAAGUUUAGCAUUGUAAUUGGCUGUCAAUUGAGUGCCAAGGUCGCUGUUCCGUUGGGAGAACAUCUUCAUAAAAGAAACAUUCCUUUUAUUUGGGCAUUGAGUUUAGGACUUUUGGGAUUUCUAAGAAUUUGUGUGGGUGAUCAUGAAGUCCAUAAUAAUCACGCGGAAAACGCCCCUUAUGACUUCAGGUAAGGCGCUUAGGGUAUAAUGAUUUUUUUAGAAUCUGGAAUCCGUUCCCAGCAUUAAAGGAGUACGCUGACAGCAUCGACCUUGAAGCAAUUGAUCACGAACAACAUUCUCACGUCCCCUUUCUUUUGUUAUACGUAAAAGCCUUACCCUUGUGGCGCCAACAACAACAGAAUCCUGACGCUCUUCCUGCUGGAGGGUCUCUGAAGAAGAGUUUUAUCAAUUUUUUGAACGAAAUGAGGAAACCAAAUGAAAAGGGGAUCUUGGAUGAGGUCAACUUUCAAGAAGCUGUCGACAAUAUCUAUCGUUCUUUUGCCAACAGCAGGGUGAGUGGAAUUCGAUGACAAGGUAUUUUUUCAGCUUCCUCAUAACAUCGAAAAACUCUUCAAUGAUCCAAGAUCCAACUGUCACAACCUGAAUAUGAAGAAUGCCACGGCUUUUUGGGUAUACAUAACUGCUAUCAAAGUCUUCUACAAUGAGCAUGGCUAUCUCCCUUUGAGCGGACCCUUGCCUGACAUGACCUCGGACACUCAGAAUUAUGUUAGACUUGUCAAUAUCUUCAAGGAUCAGGCGGAAACAGAGGCAGAUUGGGUUUUGAAGAAGGCGACGCAGAUAUUGAUUGAUGCCAAUCUUCAAUUCAAAGUGGCGGAGCUCAGUUUUAAGGACUGUAGAGAGAUCUGUAAAAAUGUUUCGAGUCUCGAUGUGAUUACUGGAGGUGGAAUUACAGAAGAGGAAAAGGGAGGAAUGAAGGUGAGCCGUUGAAAAAAUAUAUGUUCCUUUUGACAUGUAAAGUCAAGGAGAGAUUAACGUCUUCGAUUUUUUGGAAUACGAAUAUUGGAAUAUUUCACAAAUUCCUUGUGAGAAUUCGAAUAUGGCAAAUAUUCGAAGUCGUGCGUUUUUAGAAUGCAAAAGAUUUUUUUCUUGUGUUAGUCUCGGUAGCUUGACGUUUGUUUCACGCAUUGGCGAGGGCUCAGCGGAGACUUUUCUUACCGGCGGAGGCCGUUUCGGGGUUUUGGGUAAUUACCUUUCGCGGAUCGGAUUGGAAAAAGCUGCGAAUUUUUUGCUAGUCACAUCACAUUACCAUUUACCUCGUCUUGAUUUUUAUUUUCUCUUGUUUAAAGGCUGUCGCAGGUAUUUUUAAGUUUUGAGAAGUGUCAAAGGUACGGGAAUCUAACAAAAGGAGUGCCAAAUCCAAUCUUUCAUCAAAGAUGAUAUUUGUUAAGUCCGAUUGACUCCUUUGAUUCCUAACAGAUGUGGCAAACCUAAUUUCAUCUGCAGUAUAGAAGUCUGGACUUUGUAGCGAAGUGUAAUUUUCAAAAGAGGCAUCAAAUGCCUCAGCCGAAAAAUCGCCUCUCUGCCGAGGGGAGAAAAAUUUUUUGCAUGUUCUAAAAACGCACGACCUCGAAUUUUAAACUCAGCUUAAAAUUCUUGGUUUUUUGUCCACGGAACUUCUCGUACCCAGCGAAGUUGAGUAUAUAAAAACAAUCAAUUGUAGCCAGUAAUUAAACGGAUAUGGGAAGAGAUACAACACGGUGAUAGGUCUGACAUUGUUCAUCCCCUUGCUUGGCUGGUUCUGCUGAAAGCUCGGGAUAGAUUCACUUGGUCCAAAAAUAGAGCCCCAGGCACUAACGGAGUCCCCAUUCAACUGGAUUCGCUUGAUCUUGCUGAUCGAGUCAAGAAUAUCUUCGAAGAAACAGAGGUAGUUUACAGUAGUGUAACCCGAGAUAUUUCCAGGACCCCGAAUUGAUAGAAAAGCAAAACGAAAUAAUCCCUCAAAAGAUGAUCAAGGAGAUUUGCAGAUAUGGAACUUCAGAACUAAAUGUGGUUUCUUCCAUUCUUGGUGGAAUAGUGGCACAGGAAGCGAUAAAGCUGUGUACUCAACAGUAUGUUCCCGUUGACAAUACUCUCGUCUACGAUGCCCACAGGCAGAUUUCCGUUUCAAUCAGACUCUAA